UGACUAGAUAGCUUUUUUUUUUUUUUUUUCUCAUUUAACAUGACUGCCUCUCCCAUCACUUGAACAGAAUAACUUGUAGCUUUGGCGGGUGAUUUUAGCUUUAGACACAGACCAAUCUUGUCUCCAGGAGACUAGGAGCCCGAGGUUGAAACUUGCAAGGCAUCCCAUGUGACCUCUGACUUUCGCUAGUUGGCUCAUGUGUAGUAAGAGCUGUGCACUGCAAUAGACAUUGUAAGAAAGAACUGUGCUGUGAUUCUUGUCCAAGAUUGUACUCCAACCCCCCUUUUAUAAGAAAGAGCUGAUUCGGAUAAAUUGUGAGCGUGUAGUUAAUUGAUUAGCGUUCUCUUUGUUGUGAUCCAUUGGCUGAGUUGAGAAUCGUAUCAUCUGUGUGUAAUAAGACUGGACAUGACCGUUUGCCCUGUUUUCCUGUCAUCCCGUAGUAUAGAGGGCGGAGUGGAGUGAAACCAUUCCAGAUUCAUGAAUAAAUGAUUUUAAAAUUCUCCAUUGAAUAAACUCCAGCUGAUAGUGACUUUUAUUUUUCACUUUGGUCAUAGCAGCCUCUGGGUUAAAAAUGAAAAUGUGUUUAGACUUCUAAAGAAACAGUCUCCUAAAUCUUGUGCUGACGAACAGGAAGCUUUUAUAUUAGUGCAACUUUCAUUUCUAGGCUGUUCCAGGGAGAACGGUCAAGAAUUUGGAGCCAUUUUUGACGUAUGAAUCUGUUUUUCCGUGGAGUGAUUAAAGCUCUCCUUAGCGGGUCCUGGUGGUUUCUGUACAGCAUCUGUUUGUGGUUGGGCUGCUGUGUCUCCCCUCCACCUCUCAUUAUUUAAGCCUAAAUUUCAAGCUCAAACAAUGGACUCUGCAGGCAUUUGUUGCCUGUGAUGCAACAAUUUGUAACCAACUUGCAAGUGGGGGAGCUCUCUUGUUUUCAGUUUGAAUCAUCGUGAGCAACAUCCACUCAGAUAACCCGAGGGGAGAAGCAUUUACUCCAUGCAACUGAAAGUUCCAGAGCAGACCAAGGCCUGGUGCCUUUGCUCUCCUUGGCUCCCAGCCCAGGGGAGUGUUCUCUUGAGCUGAAGAGUGUGCUUCCUGAGCCUGCCAGCCUCAGUCACUCCCGGAAGAAGUUUGGUGAAAAAGGCCGCCCCGCCUCCUUUCCUGUGAAUGAUUUGACUGUGAUGCUUGGGCACUGCUGAUGGAAGAAAGGAACAUUCCGAAGAAAUAUGAGUUUAAAAGACUCUCCUCUGACUGGUAAUGGAGUCCAAGCAGAUGGUCAGGACCAGAGACGGAGAUUCGAAGGUCAUGCUUGGGCCCAGCGAGUCCAAGGAGGAGAAAGUUGCAAGACGUGGAUGCCGGGCUGUCUCCCCUGGAGUCUGCUGCUCUGGCCAAGCUCCCAGCCUCUAACCCUCCACCCUCGGCGGAUGUUUGAUUUGGCUUCUGCUGGUCCUGCUCUGCGCCCAGCUGCCCUUCAGGACACUGGCCCGGAGCCAUGGUCACAACACCGGGCUGCUUGUCAAGGGUGGGGCAGUGGUGACUUGCCAGCCUUCCUCCAAGCCCAGUGGGGCCUCCACCUGGCACUCAGCACAGCCACAACUCUUCUGCAGAGAGAGCUGCACAAGGUGCCCUGGGCGGCCAAACCAGGGACAGGGCCCCAGAGGAGCCCCAGCAGAGUGCAGCCAAGGUCGUGUAACGACUGGAAGCAACGGACAGAUCUGCAUGGCCACCCCCGACAGGAGAGUGCUCCACAGACCCCAGGGACCCGGCCGGGGGUCCCGAGGGAGUGGGCUUUCUCCAGGCUCCCUGGAUGACCUGCCACGGGAGGAGGACCAGGAGCCCGCCCCAGCAGAGCUGGCCAUGCUGAAGAAGGCACAGGAGUUCUUCCAGACCUGCGACGCUGGGGGCAAGGGCUUCAUCGCCAGGAGUGACAUGCAGAGGCUCCAUAAGGAGUUGCCCCUCAGCCUGGAGGACUUGGAGGAUGUGUUCGAUGCCCUGGAUGCUGACGGCAAUGGCUUUCUGACCCCAGGGGAGUUCACCACUGGAUUCAGUCACUUCUUCUUCAGCCAGAAUAAACCCAGUCAGGACGAUGACGCUGAGGAGGCGGCCCAGCUCCAGACAGAGAAGGUGUAUCAGUCGAGAGGGGACGAGGACCCUGGUGACAUGGAUGAAGAUGAGGAAGCCCAGUUCCAGAGGCUGAUGGACAGGCUCGGAGCCCAAAAGGUUUUGGAAGAUGAAAGUGACGUCAAGCAGCUCUGGCUGCAGCUGAAGAAGGAUGAACCUCACUUGCUGUCCAACUUUGAGGAUUUCCUGACCAGAAUCUUCUUGCAGCUCCAAGAAGCCCAUGAAGAGAAGAACGAGCUGGAGUGCGCCCUGAAAAAGAAAAUUGCUGCCUAUGAUGAAGAAAUCCAGCACCUCUAUGAGGAGAUGGAGCAGCAAAUCAAGAGUGAGAAGGAGAAGUUCCUUCUGAAGGACACGGAGAGGUUCCAGGCCCGCAGUCAGGAGCUGGAACAGAAGCUGUUCUUGAAGGAGCAGGAGCUGGAGCAACUCAUCCAGAAACAGAAGCGGCUGGAAGGCCAGUGCACGGCCCUGCACAACGACAAGCACGAAACCAAGGCUGAGAAUACCAAGCUGAAACUCACAAACCAGGAGCUGGCCCAGGAGCUGGAGCGGACGGCCCGGGAGCUGCAGGGGGCCCAGCAGCAGCUGGAAAGCCUCCAGCAGGAGGCCUGCAAACUCCAGGAAGAGAAGGAGAUGGAAGUGUACCGUGUCACCGAGAGUCUGCAGCGGGAGAAGUCAGGGCUCCUGAAGCAGCUGGAUUUCCUGAGGGAGAGGAACAAGCACCUUCGGGAUGAACGGGACAUACGUCUUCAGAAAGACAAGGCAGCCAAGGCAAACACAGCUGCUUCCACGGCAGGCUGGAAGCAGCGAUCCGGCUCUGUGAUAGGCAAAUAUGUGGACGACAGAGGGAUUCUCCGAAGCCAGUCCGAGGAGGAGGAAGAUGUGUUUGGCAUCUCAAGGAGGAGAAGCUCCCUGGGCCUGAGUGGAUACCCCCUUACAGAAGAGGAGCCGGGGCCUGGGGGCCCUCUGCCCCGGGCACUCCGCAGAAUCAUCUCCAUUGAAGAGGACCCCCUGCCCCAGCUGCUGAGGGGCAGCUCUGAGCAGCCGCUGGGCAAAUGCCCAGAAGAGGAGGAGGUCUCUGACCAGGGGGUGGAGGGCCCACUCCAGCAGGCCCCACCUCCAAGACUCACGCCCGCCUCUCCCCGAGGGCAGCCUGUCGGAAAAGAAGCCCUGUCUGAGGAGGAAGGCUCUGCAUUCACCCCAGACCGGCUCUUCAAGAUCGUGUUUGUAGGCAAUUCUGCAGUGGGGAAGACGUCCUUCCUGGGGCGGUUCUGCGAUGGCAGGUUCUCCCCGGGCUCAGCAGCCACCGUGGGCAUCGAUUACCGCGUGAAGACAGUGCGCGUGGACGACUCGAAGGUGGCCCUGCAGCUGUGGGACACUGCGGGACAGGAGAGGUAUCGCUGCAUCACUCAGCAGUUCUUCCGAAAGGCUGACGGCGUCGCCAUCAUGUAUGACCUGACAGCCAGACAGUCCUUCUUGGCCGUGCGGCAGUGGCUGAGCAGCGUGGAGGAAGCUGUAGGAGACCGCAUUCCCGUCCUUCUGCUGGGCAACAAAAUCGACAAUGAGAAAGAGCGGGAAGUGCCCCGGGGCCUGGGAGAACAGCUGGCCAAGGAGAACAACCUGAUCUUCUAUGAAUGCAGCGCCUUUUCUGGUCACAACGCGGAAGAGUCCUUGCUCCAUCUGGCCAGGAUCCUCAAGGAGCGAGAAGACACAGUGAGGGAGGAGACCGUUCAGGUUGACCGCCUCACCAAGAAGAAAGCCUGCUGCGGCUGAUACCGGCCUCCUGGGACCCCUGCCCGGGCCUGUGGCCACAGGACUCCCCUGUCUCCUGCACACGGGCUCCUGCACAGGCACCCCCACCCACUGAGGGGCCCGCCCAGACCUUUGUCCUGGUCAGUGACAUGCCUUCCACCCAAAGGAAGGGAAGCAGAUCCUGUCAGGAGAGCUGCCCUUGGAGCAUCUUAGAGUCUUUCUCUCCCUCCUCUGGGGAGACCCAGAUGCCUGUUCUUUCCACACCCAGCCCCGCUACCACCACCCACCAGCUUGGUUUCCUGGGGGAGAGAAACAGAUGGGCUUUUCCAGAAAAGCCACUGCGUGCCUUCUCCAUCACCCUUCUCCCCCACUGCCCUUGGGCUCCCGGGGUUGCCAUGGCAACCGUGCAGGGCAGACUUGCUGCUUCCUGUAGGCCAAAGACGCAGCGCUGGGCAAGGCCAGGGUGGUUGGCUUGGCCUUGGAGCCUGUUCUCUGGAUGUCAGUGGGAUGCCUUUGGCACGUGCUUCGUGGACCUUGAGAUGCCCGUGGGUGUUGAGAGAAGCAGACCAGGGCACCUGCAUCUUGUUCCCCCCUCUCCGCCCUGGGGUCCUGCUCCUUCCCAAGCUUCAGGGCCCCGCCCUCUCCACAGCCUCCACCCCUUCAGUAAUGGUCGCCUUGGGUUCUCUGGAGCCAUGCUUUACAAAACCCACAGCCUUCCUGCCCUCUGCUCACCCACACCCCUGACUCCAAGGUGGACUGUGGGUGAUAACUGUAUGCUUGGGGUCAGGGAGUGGGCUUGCUCACUGCUUGACUUUGACGCAGAGAUGGAAAGAAAACCGAGGGAGCAGAACCAUGUGCUGCUACACGGAGCGACCACGUCCGAGGGUAUCAAUGAGGUAUAUAUAGCUGCGUAAAAGCCAUUCUCUACAUGUUUCUCAAAAUAGCUCUUGGAAAGUCGUACCUGAUGAUUAACUGGGCAGAUUGGCAGGCUGGCAGGGAGGCCUGACACCAGGACUGUAGUUACUGACUUCAUUUUAUUUUACUUUUUCUAGAAGGCUGUAUUUUUUUUUUUUUUUUAAAGUGGCUCAGGGUCUGAGCGGUGAACAGAGCAUGGCUGUUGGCUUCGGCACCCCUGUGACAGCACCGACAUAGGGCACUUGGAUUAAGGGGGCUGAUCUGGGCUGGUGUGUGGUCCCAGCCCCUGGCAGUGGCCCAGCAUUGCUGGCUGUGUUGGGGGCUGGUGAGGGCACUCUUGCCCUGGGCAGGAGCUUUGAUGAGACUGCUGAUUACUGCUGGGGCUAGACCCAGACCCCCUGCAGGAAAGUGGGUAGGGUGUGCAGGGAGGGAGGGGCCAGAAAAUGUCCACAUCCUUCCAAGAAAACCAUUCAGGACUCCUGCACGUAGCCAGCCAGGUAGGGGGGGAGCACCGGCCAGAGCCCUGCAGGGUGUUCCUUGUGGUCCCGCCCAGACCUGCAAGAGGAUCAGAGCCCCUGGGCCAGUGGGUGGGGAGCAAAAGCCAGCACGGAGCACCAGGGCAAGCCCACUCCCUCCCUGGGCCCCCAUUGCAUCCGUAAAAUAUGGGGUGAGCUGUUGAUGCUUUGGGUUGUGCCUGCUCAGAUGGCUCACGUUCAUUGUCCAACUUAGGCUGGCCCUGAGCGAGUCACGUAACCAGGUUUCCUAGCCGUCUGUGGAUGGGAGGUUUCCAUGCCUACUGCACAGGGAAGUUUUAGGUACCAUGUGAGACAGUGUAUGUGAAGAGCUCUGAACACUCAAGGAGUGGCUGACAAGGAGGGGCUGCUGUUGUUAUCAAGGCUGAGUUGCUGCCCGGAUCACUUCCUCGAUCCGGUUUCAGAUUUAGCACCAGCUAACAGUAAGUGUUUUCCGUAACUAGGCACCUCACAGACGCCACCUCGUUCGCCUGCCUGCUUGUCUGGCCCAUUUGUUCUGAGCUUGAACCUGGUGUUGCCUCUUGGCCCUGCCUGUCUUUGUCCUGCGAGUUUCCUGGUUUUCCAGGUAGGCUUACAUCCCACCACUCUGCCUCCCUGCUGUGGUUCUCCAGACCUCAGCCCGUUGCUCAGACCUGUUCCCAGUGUUUUUCCCUGGGGAUGCUCUGUGGUCAUCACCAUCCCUGCUCCCAGGUGUGCUCCCUAUUCUGACUCCCUGUGCUUUUCCUGGGUCCGCUGCUGCCUCUGCCCUGCAUGGCCACUGCAAGCUCCAGCACCAAACCAACACCCUAUUCACUUUGCUCCUUGUCCAGCACUUAUUUCCCCUCACAGUCUCCCUGGGGUCUUUUCAUUCAUCCUAGCUUCCUCCCCCGCCUCCCCACCCUGUACUCUUUCCUCAGUGUUAAUAGUGUCACUCAGUCUUGGAUUCAUUCCCCUCCUCCUAUGGUCCAUUCCAGACCACACCUGCAUCCUCCACUGUAAAUGACUCAACCUUCAGUCUCUGUCACUAGUGAUCACUGCUCCAAAGGCUCUUAAAGCAAUUUCAGCUAAGGUGUUAAUGCCAGUGGUGUUCAGGGUCAUAUUUAUACUUUAGCAAAGAACUCUAAGGGAUGCAAAACUUUAACCCAAAGAGGUAAAUCCCUAGUGGUAGAUUAUUAAGCACCAUAGUGGGUCAUGGGGUCAAAUAUUUAGAACAGAGUUGCUUCUCCUGUACUCUUGAAGAACCCAGUUGCCUUUAUGUACUUUGGGGCUCUAUUUUUAAGCUCCUGUAUGUUUAUUAUUGUUAUGCCUUCUAGAUAAAUUAACCCUUUAUCAUCA